AUGAUUAGAUUAUUAUUAAUAAUUCUAGUCAUCUCAAAAAUUAAUGGAGAUAAUAAAGGAGUAGAUUCAUCUACAGAAAAUACUCGACCAAUUAUUGGAAUUUUAACUCAACCAACUCCAUCAACAUGGAAAAAACCAAAUCGUACUACUUAUUUAGCAGCAUCUUAUGUUAAAUAUAUUGAAGCAACUGGUGCUCAAGUUGUACCUAUUCGAAUGUAUCAAUCAAUAGAUUAUUAUUUACAUUUGUUUAACUCACUAAAUGGAGUACUUUUUCCAGGAGGAGAUUUUACUAACGAAUAUCUCUAUGUAGCUAAACUUUUUUAUAUGUGGACAUUGAAAGAAUUCGAUGAAGUACAAAAAAUUUUUCCUUUAUGGGGAACAUGUCUUGGUUUCGAAGUAUUACUUAUGUUAACAAGAUGUUCAACUGAUAUUUUGGAGCCAUGUAAAGCAUAUGAUUAUGCAACAGAAGUUACUUUUAUGCCAGAUGCAGCUGAUAGUCGACUAUUGGGAAGAUCAUUACCAAUAAAUAUAAAAAAUGCCUUACAACAUGAGCCGACAACAGCAAAUUUUCACAUUUUUUGUAUGCGACCAGAAAACUUUUCAGCGGAUCCUAUAUUAUCAACAUUUUAUAAAAUGUUAACCGUAAGCCCAGACACGGAAGGCCAAGCAUUUGUUUCAACUAUUGAAAGUCGUCGUUAUCCAAUUUUUGGUGUUCAAUGGCAUCCAGAAAAGAAUGGAUUUGAAUGGCGAGUAAAUACUACAAUACCUCAUACGAAAAAUUCCGUGGAAGUAAUGCAAUAUAUGGCAAAUUUUUUAACUAAUCAAGCACGUCAAAAUACGAAUCAUUUUAGUUCAUUACAAGAUGAAUUAAAAUAUCUCAUAUAUCAAUAUACAUCAGAAUUCUACGAUUUAGACAAAUCACAUUUUCAACAAGUGUAUUUUUUUUACGAAUGA